AUGAGAAGGCAAGCGCUCCAGCUGCUCGGCCGCGCGCUGCGCACUUCCGCCCCGAGCGCUCCGCCGCUCCGUCGCCCUCAGCUCGCCGCCGUGGGAGGCUGGAGAUCCGGUGGAGCGCCGGCGGGGUUCUUCUCCACCGACGCCGCUGCAGGUGCGUCCGCGGCUGCCGGCGCGGCGCAGGGCGGUUCCAAGUCCCAGGCGGCUAAGGCUGUGUCUUCCGCCGCGGCGCAGGGAGGUUCCAAGCCCGCGGCGGCUGCGGCGGUGGCACAUGGGUCCGGUGGCGGCAGCGAAGGGGGCGGGCAGGAUGGGAAGUCGGAGCAGGACAAGGGGAGGUCUGUCCGAGGAGGGCCCGUGUCGUGGUUGAGCUUUCUUCUGCUUCUCGUCACCGGAGGAGGAAUCAUAGUCUACUACGACAAGGAAAAGAAGCGUCAAAUUGAAGAGUUGAAGAACAAAACAAAUUCUGUAAAGCCAGCACAGACAGUAGGCACUGCUGCUAUUGGUGGUCCAUUCAGUCUUCUAAAUCAUGAUGGGAAACCUGUCACUGAAAAGGACUUCUUGGGUAAAUGGACGCUGCUAUAUUUUGGGUUCACACAUUGCCCUGACAUUUGUCCAGAUGAACUCCAGAAGAUGUCUGCUGCUUUGAAUAAGAUCAAGGAAAAGGAAAAACUAGAAAUUGUGCCAGUAUUCAUCUCUGUUGAUCCUGAAAGAGACACUGUCGAGCAAGUCCAUGAUUAUGUCAAAGAAUUUCAUGAAGAUCUAAUAGGACUUACUGGUACCUCUGAGGAGAUAAGGAAGGUUGCUCGUGCUUACCGAGUUUACUAUAUGAAGACAGAAGAGGAGGGUUCUGACUACCUUGUUGACCAUUCCAUUGUCAUGUACUUGAUGAACCCGAAAAUGGAAUUUGUUAAAUUCUUUGGGAAGAACUAUGAUGAGGAUACCCUUGCUCAAGGCAUCAUUAAGGAAAUCCGAGAGCACAAGAGCAGCUGAAACUCUGCGCUUCAUUUUGACCAGACACUAUUUAGAACUGUUCUCAAAUAAGAAGACCUCAAUGAUGCUACUGGCUAUCUACUGUUAGUUCGUUCUGGAAUUUUGAGGCCUUACUACAAUCAUUAUUUAUUAUGUUGAGACCUCUAGUUAGCAGAUUUUGGUUGUAGGAUGAGAGAAUUGAAACAACUUCGCUCUUUUUGUGUGUUUGAGAAAUUCAUCAUCAUGGCGUAUAAUUUUCCUUUGGGCAAACAGUCAUUAUGAUGUUUCAUGGACAAUUCUGCUACUUGGGUCUAACCUUGAAUUUUUCAUUUUCUCUAUGAUUGCUCAGUAA